GUAUUGUUGUUUCUGGAGUGCCUGUUCGUCGUCCAUGGGGGCAAGUAAAAGCAGAUGAAGCAAAAGAACCCGAAUUCGUUCCAAGUAGAUUAAUGGAUUUUGAAUUGGAAAUGGCUUUCUUUGUUGGUGGAAAAGAAAAUGAAUUGGGGAAACCUAUACCUAUUGAAAAUAUUGAAGAACAUAUUUUUGGAAUGGUUUUGAUGAAUGAUUGGAGUGCUAGAGAUAUACAAAAAUGGGAAUAUAUUCCACUUGGACCUUUCCUCAGCAAAAGUUUUGCUACAAAUAUAUCGCCAUGGAUAGUAACGAUGGAAGCUCUUAAACCUUUUAUUGUUGCUAAUACAAAACAAGAUCCACCUCCAAUGAAGCAUUUACAUCAUUCUGAUGAUUUUAAUUUUGAUAUUGAAUUGGCUGUUUCUAUAAAACCUAAAGACAGUAAUGUAGACUAUACUCUUUCCAAAACAAAUUUUAAAUAUUUAUAUUGGACAAUAAAACAACAAUUGGCUCAUCAUGCAAGCAAUGGAUGCAAUAUACGCCCAGGGGAUUUAAUGGGACACCCGAUUCUUUGGGAUGUUUAUUAGAACUUUCUUGGCGUGGUCAAAAUCCUGUUAAAUUGGGUGAUAGUGGACAAACUAGAAAGUUUUUGGUUGAUGGAGAUGAAGUUGCUAUAAAAGGUUUCUGUUACGAUAAGAAAACAAAUAUCCGAGUUGGUUUUGGAGAAUGCCGUUCGAUGCUUUUGCCUGC